AUGAAACCUUCAAAGCUUGCUAUUCACUUGAAUAAGUGCCAUCCUGAUCUCCAAAUAAAAGAUACUGAUUUUUUCAAAAGAAAAUUUGAAUCACUGAAGAGAUGCAAAUUGGAUAAAACUGGGAUUAUUUACCAAACUCAACAGAAUAUAGUAGAAGCAUCCAAUAAGGUUUCAUAUAUAAUAGCACAGAACAAAAAAGCUCACACAUUGGCUGAAGAAGUUAUACUUCCAUGUACAAAAGAAAUCGUUAGAUUAUUAUUUGGAGAAGAAGCUGCAAAGAAGGUAGAUAAUAUAUCUUUAUCAAAUACUACAGUCAAACGAAGGCUAACGGAUAUUUCAUCAAACAUUAAAGAAAAUGUUAUUAAUGAAAUUAAACAAUCCCCAUAUUUUUCUAUUCAGUUGGAUGAGUCCACAGAUUUUUUCAAUGACAAUCAAUUACAAUGGAAAUAUUUGUUUGGAAUUACUACUGAUGGAGCUCCUGCCAUGAUGGGUUGUAAGUCUGGAUUACAGACUAGGGUGAAAGAGAUUGCUCCAAAUGCAGUUGGUGUACACUGUUUUAUUCAUAGACAGGCUUUAGCAACCAAAACUUUACCAGGUAGUUUGAAAACUGUAUUUAAUCAAUUAGUCAAGUUGGUCAAUUAUAUAAAAUCUUCUGCUCUUAACACUCGCCUUUUUACAAAAUUUUGCUCUGACCUAAAUGCUGAACACAAUAAGUUAUUGUUUUAUACUUCUGUGCGAUGGCUAUCUGCUGGAAAUUUUUUGGAAAGAUUUUUCAUGCUUAGAAAUGAAGUGAAAGAAUUUUUAUGUCAAAUGAAAAGUGAACUGGUAGAAUAUUUUGAAUUUGAUAAUUUUGAAAUAACAACUGCUUAUCUUGUGGACAUCGUAGGUCAUUUUAACAAGUUAAAUUUGCAACUUCAAGGCAAAAAUGCUAAUGUUAUUACACAUUCAGAUAAACUGAAGGCAUUUAUUGAAAAGCUCAAACUGUACAAGACUAGAAUUAAUAAUGGAAACUUAAUCAUGUUUCAAAAUUUAAAUAACAUAAUUGGAGUUAACAUGCUUCCUGAAGUUAUAAAAACAGAAAUAGUUUGUCACCUAGAUAAUUUGAUUACUGAAUUUGGUAACUAUUUUCCAGAUAUGAAUCUUUUGAGCAGUGAAGUUAUUAUAUCACCAUUUUCUUGUGAUGUGAAAAAUGUGAAAGAGGAAGCACAAGAAGAGUUUAUAGAGUUAAAGAAUGAUACCAUGGCUAAGGAUCACUUCAAAGUAGCACCAUUAAAUAACUUCUGGUUGAAAAUGAGGAAUUCAUAUCCAUUGUGUUCAUCAAUUGCACUUAAAGCCCUUAUUCCUUUUUCAACAUCAUAUUUGUGUGAAGCCGGGUUUUCAGCAAUGCUAUCUCUUAAAACAAAAAAAAGAAAUAGACUUGAUAUUGAUGCAGAUAUUAGAUGUGCUCUAUCAAAAACUAAACCAAAUUUUCAGAUAUUAUUUGCUAGUAAGCAGUGUCAGAAUUCACACUGA